AUGAGGGCUACCAAGCUCGCGUUGCUUGCCGCUCUGGCCAAGCUGAGUACUGGCGCCUACGUACUCCAAGAUGAUUAUCAACCCUCGAACUUCUUUGACGACUUCGCUUUCUUUGACGGACCGGACCCAAGUAAUGCAUAUGUUACUUACGUUGAUAAAUCCAAAGCACUGAGGGACGGGCUUGCUUCAAAUAAUAACGAUUUUGUCUAUCUCGGAGUUGACCAUCAGAAUGUUGCAAGGGGUCGUGGCCGUGAGAGUGUUCGGCUGGAGACGAAGAAAUCAUACAAACACGGCCUGAUUGUGGCUGAUAUCUCUCACAUGCCCGGUAAUAUCUGUGGAACCUGGCCCGCGUUCUGGGCAACGGGGGCCACAUGGCCUGAUGAUGGCGAAUUCGAUAUCAUCGAGGGUGUCAACAAACAAAACAAGAACGUGGUUGCAUUGCACACCACAGCAGGCUGCAAAGUGGAAGACAAUAAUAAAUAUAGUGGGAUACUCGUCACCAAGGACUGUGAUGUAUACUCUCCAAAUCAACCAAGCAACCAAGGAUGCUUGUUCAGGGCCCCUAGCGCAACUAGCUACGGAACUGCAUUCAACAGUAUUGGCGGAGGUGUAUAUGCGACUGAAUGGACUAGCGAUUCCAUCAGUGUCUGGUUCUUCCCGCGCUACCAAAUUCCCUCCAAUAUCAAUGACGAGAACCCAGAUCCGUCGACCUGGCCCAGACCAAUUGCACACUUCACGGGUUGUGAAUUUGACAAAUUCUUCCAGGAACAGCGAAUUAUCUUCAAUACCGCCUUCUGUGGUGACUGGGCCAAGGCUACCUGGAACGAGAACGGGUGCGCUGCGGGAGGCAGGACUUGCGAAGACUAUGUCAAGAACAACCCUUGGGCAUUCAGUGAAGCCUUCUGGUCCAUCAACUACAUGAAAGUUUUCCAGAACAAGCAAGGCGAUACGUCAACUAGCACCACUACAUCCUCAACAUCAUCGACGUCUUCGUCGUCAACUGAGGCCCCGACUACGACUAUGACCACGUCAUCGACAUAUGAGCCUUCUGUCUCCAGCUCUACUGCCCCGGAACCUUCGCAAUCCGCGUCCACGCCUAGCGAAUAUCCUCAACCAUCGACCGCUGAGCCUACCGCAUCCAGCUCUUCCUACCCCAAGUCUUCGUUUGCGUCUACUGACUCUCCUGUGCCUACCGACUAUCCUGUUCCAUCAUCUGAUGAACCCACUGUCCCCAGUGCUACCUACUCAGAAUCUUCGCCUGUGCCUACCGAUUAUCCUGUUCCAUCGUCUGACGAACCCACUGUUCCCAGUGCUACUUACUCAGAAUCUUUGCCAUCGGCAUCCGCACCUAGCGAAUAUCCUACUGGGACCGCUUCCGUUGACCCGACUGACGUCUCAUCCUGCACGCCACCACCAACGCAGAGCUGCAUAACCUAUACGACCAAAACGACAAUCGCGAUCGUAGUGACUGCUCCUGAGAGUUACAAGGAAGCUAUCCAGACAGAGUCAGCUGAGGAUGAGACAGAGCCAGCUGCUUAUCCCACAGAACCAGCGGGAUACCCCACAAAUGACAAGUACUGA